GUGCAAAUAUAAAAACAAUCGUGGAGAAUAUGUUCAAAGCAGUGCGGCGAGAGUUGUCGUGCAAUCAUUGUCGCUUUAUCACGACUGUCAUUGCUUGUUCCUUUCGAGAUAACGGUAAAAUCACAGCAACGAGAUCAGACUCGAGGAGCACUUGGAUCCGAAAGUGGUCAACACAAUCAAGCAAGAUGGUGAAGGCGAGAAAAUACGUGCUGGUGAAUCAUUUUGUGGACGAAGCAAAACCGACGGACCUAAAAUUAAUGGAAGAGGAAUUGCCGCCGUUGCAAAAUGGAGAAUAUCUCGCAGAAGCUGAAUACCUUUCUGUUGAUCCAUACAUGAGACCUUAUGUGCGAGAUCUCCCACUCGGGGCCACGAUGAUUGGUAGUCAGGUAGCAAAGAUCGUAGAAUCUAAAAAUCCAGCCUUCCCAGUCGGCAAGAGAAUUGUCGGAAACCUGGGCUGGAGAACUCACACGAUCAUCGAUCCAAAAACCGAAGAUCAGUUUUUCAAACAAAACCCGUAUCUUUUGCCAGACAUAGGUGAUCUGCCGCCGUCCCUUGGUCUUGGCGUGCUAGGAAUGCCGGGUAACACGGCAUAUUUCGGCUUGCUGGAGAUAUGUAAACCGAAGUCUGGUGAAACAAUCGUAAUCAGUGGAGCCGCAGGUGCGGUCGGCUCACAUGUAGGCCAGAUCGCAAAAAAUCUGGGUCUAAAUGUUAUCGGUAUAUGCGGCUCCGACGAGAAGUGUAAGUGGCUUACUGAGGAAAUGGGUUUUGAUUUUGCCAUCAAUUAUAAGACCAUGCUAGUCGCAGCCAGAUUACGCGAAAUUGCUCCGCAAGGCGUGGAUUGCUACUUUGACAAUGUCGGUGGGGAUAUCUCUGGUACAGUCAUGUAUCAAAUGAAUUUGUUUGGUCGAGUAGGCGUGUGCGGCAGCAUCUCGAGUUAUAACGCCAAGUCCUUGCCCAAAGGUACGAUUCUGCAACCUGCUAUGUUGUUUAGCCAACUAAAGAUGGAGGGCUUUAUUGUCAAACGGUGGUCGGACCGAUGGAAUGAAGGAAUCAUGCAGAAUCUGCAAUGGAUACGCGAGGGCAAACUUCGUUACCGUGAGACCGUAACUAAAGGCUUUGAGAACAUGUUUGAUGCCUUCAUCGGCAUGCUGCGUGGCGAGAACAUCGGCAAAGCGAUUGUCCAGGUGUAAAUAUCACAAUGUCAACAAGUAUUUCUUCUUAUAAAUAUUCCUGCUCGUUUGCAAUUUCACAACUGCAUUUGGAAUGUUUUCUGUAUUUGUGACCGAUUGAAA